AUGAUGAACUGUUCUCAGAUGAUGAUGAGUUAUUUGCAGCUUCUGUUAAUCUUAAUUACAAUUCAGGUCAGGAUAAUUCUAACAUUGAUCCAUAUCAGUUUAAAGACUUUCCUUCAAUGACCUAUAUGGCUAGAAAGUUAUUAAAUAUAAGGAAAAAAUCAAAAUCUUUUGCCAUUUGUACUGAUUGUAACAAAUUGUAUGACAUUACAUCAAUAAUUCCAAAAAAUCCAGAUAAUAAUACAACUAUAGGAUUCAAAUGCACAUAUAUUGAAUUUUCCAACCAUCCCAUGCAAAGUUAUUGUAAAUCAUGUGAUUCAGAAUUACUCAUGAAAGUCCUAAUAAAUAAUGGAUACAUAUGGCAUCCAAAGAUAAUAUUUCAAUUACCAUGCUUAAAAACUCAAUUAUCUACAAUGUAUCAAAGACCAGGCUUCGAAGAACUUUUGAAGAA